CGCAAGAGCAGCAAAUAAUUAAAAGGCUAAUUAAUCACGAUGAUUAACGGUGUCCAGAGUACAAUUGAAUACUUCUUCUCUUCCUUUGACAAUGACAUCAUCAUCAUCAGAUUCAGCCUGGAGAUUUCCUUAUAUAGUUGUGUGUAGUAAAAUUGAAAGCAUUGGAGACAAUGGAGAGAAUAAACACGAAAUGGGUAGCAGCAGCAGCGAGUAUAUGGAUUCAAAGCUUUAGCGGAGCUACAUACACAUUCGCUAUCUACUCUUCAAUCCUCAAAUCAUCUCAAUCUUAUGACCAGUCUACUCUUGAUUUCGUCUCUGUCUUCAAAGACAUCGGUGGUACCUUUGGUAUCAUCUCCGGUUUCCUUUACACGGCUAUGACUUCUAAGUCACGCGGUUUUGGUGGGCCUUGGGUUGUUGUUUUCGUUGGGUUGGUUCAGUGGUUUGUUGGAUUCUUUUUUAUUUGGGCUUCGGUGGUUGGGUUGAUUGCUCCGCCGCCUGUGCCGUUGAUGUGCUUGUUCGUGUUCUUGGCUGGUCACUCCUUGCCGUUUUUCAAUACGGCUAAUGUUGUGACGGCUGCUCGGAACUUUUCUCAAUAUGGUGGGACUGCUGUUGGUAUUAUGCAGGUAAAAAGUUUGUAACUUUGUUAAAGAAUCAUCAUAUUGGGUGAAGUUGAAACACAAUUUGGUCGAUCUUGUGUGUUUAGAAGUCUCAAAAGACUUCACCUUUAUUGACAAAAGACUCACAUUUUUUUAUUUGGAGCUUUGUUUGCAUCCUAGAUGGGAUUUUUAGGACUAAGUGGAGCAAUUCUGAUUCAGUUGUACCAUGCGGUCUGCGGUGGUGAAGGUAACCCCGCUACUUUCAUUCUUCUCCUGGCCAUAGUACCAACGCUUGUCAUGUUCUUGGCUAUGCCUUUUGUAAGAGUUUAUGAAACGGUGACCAUUAGUGACAAGAAACACUUGGAUGGUCUCUCUGCGAUCUCUAUGAUCAUUGCCGCCUAUCUUAUGGUCGUUAUAACGGUUGAAAACGUUCUCGGUUUAUCACGCUCAAUGCAGAUUUUCUCCUUCAUCCUUGUCCUUUUGUUGCUUGCCUCUCCCCUCUUGGUUGCUGUAAGAGCCCUACGAGAAAAAAGGCAGACACUUUCUUCUCUGGAUGGUCCUGUUCUCGACACAUCUGCCUUGCUCGACCCUCCUAGUUCAAACAUUUUUCCCGAUGGAGAUCAUUUGGUUGCUGAAGAUUCAAACAUACUGGAAGCAAUGAGCACAGUGAACUUUUGGCUACUCUUCUUGGCAAUGCUAUGCGGGAUGGGUUCUGGAUUCGCGACUGUAAACAACAUGAGACAGAUAGGCGAGUCUCUUCGCUACUCUUCUGUUCAACUCAAUUCUCUAGUCUCUCUCUGGAGCAUAUGGAACUUUCUGGGCCGGUUCGGGGCUGGUUAUGUCUCAGACACAUUCUUACACAAACACAGCUGGCCAAGACCGAUCUUCAUGGCCAUAACUCUAGGUGUUAUGGCUAUAGGCCAUAUCAUAGUUGCCUCUGGUGUACAAGGCAGUCUCUAUGCCGGUUCAGUUUUGAUCGGUAUGGCUUACGGUUCGCAAUGGUCGCUGAUGCCAACAAUCACAUCAGAGAUAUUUGGGAUCCGGCAUAUGGGAACGAUUUACUUCACGAUUUCGAUUGCAGGUCCCAUCGGGUCGUACAUCCUCUCUGUGAAAGUGAUAGGUUACUUCUACGACAAAGUGGCUUCUGAAGAUGACAAUUCUUGCUUUGGAAGUCAAUGUUUCAGGACAUCUUUUAUGAUCAUGGCUUCUGUGGCUCUCUUUGGCUCUUUGGUUGCUUCUGUAUUGUUCUUCCGCACACACAAGUUUUACAAAAACCUUGUAGCAAAGAGGAACUUGAAGUGAGCUUGAAAAUUGUAUAAACCUUUAUGUUUGUGAUUUGAAGUUUGAUACUUUGAUCCAAACACCACAAAACUAUUUGUAAUUGUGCCAUGAAUAUGCGAGGGAGAUUUGUUAAAAUAUAAAUUGGACCAUAAAUUGGUAAAAGGUUCCUGCUAAAUUGCAAAUAUAGACCGUGUUGGUCGGUUUGACCGGUUGAACCGAA